CAGCAUGGAGGGUAGAAUGUGAAAAAAAUAUCGCUACUGUGAAGCGAGUAAGGAGGGCGAUCUUCUGAAUUACAAAGACUCAGACGCGUAAAAGAUCACAAUUAAAGUGAUGCACGAUGCCCAUAGUGGACAAACUGAAAGAGGCUCUGAAGCCGGGUCGGAAGGACUCUGCUGACGACGGCGAUCUCAACAAGCUCCUCGCGUCCUCCGCAAAGAAAGUGCUGCUGCAGAAGAUCGAGUUUGAGCCUGCCAGCAAAGGCUUCUCCUACCAGCUGGAGGCACUCAAGAGCAAGUAUGUGAUCCUCAACCCCAAAUCUGAGGGAGCGACGGGACAGAGGCCCACAGAAGUGAUCCAGAUCAAAAAACAAGUCUCGGAGAAUGCGAGUUGGGGGCACAGCGAUGGCAUUCCUGCCCCUCACAAGAUGCUGUUCCCGGGGAACAGGCUGUCCAUGAAGUGGGAGCGAGUUUAUCGGGUUGGAGCUGGCCUCCACAACCUGGGCAACACCUGCUUCCUCAGCUCCACUGUGCAGUGUCUUACCUACACCCCACCGCUAGCCAACUACCUCCUGUCCAAGGAGCACAGCAGAUCAUGUCACCAGUCUGGGUUUUGUAUGAUGUGCAUUAUGCAAAAUCACUUAAUCCAGGCUUUCGCCAACACUGGCAAUGCCAUCAAACCAGUCUCCUUCAUCAGAGACCUGAAAAAAAUUGCCAGACAUUUCCGCUUCGGGAGUCAGGAGGAUGCACAUGAAUUCCUGCGCUACACCAUUGAUGCUAUGCAGAAAGCCUGCCUUAACGGGUACACCAAGUUAGAUAGACAAACGCAGGCCACCACUUUGGUCCAUCAGAUAUUUGGAGGUUACCUCAGGUCAAGAGUCAAGUGUUCGGUUUGUAAAAGUGUGUCGGAUACCUAUGACCCUUAUCUGGACGUAGCGGUUGAGAUCCGGCAAGCUCCAAACAUUGUCCGAGCUCUCGAGCUGUUUGUGAAGCCAGAUGUCCUGAUUGGAGAGAACGCCUAUAUGUGUGCAAAAUGCAAGAAAAAAGUGCCAGCGUCGAAGCGGUUUACAGUUCAUCGGCCGUCCAGCGUCUUGACCUUGUCUCUCAAGAGGUUUGCGAACUUCAGCGGGGGCAAGAUCACCAAGGAUGUUGGUUACCCUGAAUUCUUGAAUAUCCGCCCAUACAUGUCCCAGAGCUCCGGGGAUCCUGUUAUGUAUGGACUGUACGCUGUUCUGGUGCAUUCUGGGUACAGCUGCCAUGCUGGUCACUACUACUGCUAUGUUAAGGCCAGCAGUGGACAGUGGUACCAAAUGAAUGAUUCAGUGGUGCAUGCCAGCAAUAUCAAAGUUGUCCUCAACCAGCAGGCUUACGUUCUGUUUUAUCUAAGAAUCCCAGAUUCAAAGAAGAGCUUGGAUGGUCUUGGGUCUAAGCAGGGCUCAGUCCAAUCUGGUAGGAACUGCAUGACACCAGAACUAGCAAAGAAAUCCACUCUUAAUGGAACUCUUUCUUCACCGCAAGUAGGGAAGAAACUGGAGUCCCCGCAGUUGAGGAAGGUCCAGGCUGCUGAUGGGGUUGGUAUUCCAGUCCCUCGUAACGGCACCAGCCAGUCUCCGAAGUUCUCACAGGGCUCUCAGUCCCCCAGGACCCCCUCCAAGCCCUCCAACACCCCUGCUGUGUUCGCAGAGCCAAUAAAAAAGGUGAAGAAGCUAUCACCGCCACUUCAGGCACGGGGCAGUCACGGGACGGUUGUCAAUGUUACCGGUGGAGGCAGGCCUGAGAGCGACAAACGAUACGGGUCUGAGAGCCGGGGCCUGGCCGUGUCUACCUCAGUGAAAUCACUGUCAGAGGCAACUGCAGAGGGGCAGGAUCAGAAGAUGAGAUGUGAAUUGCAGGAUUUGGACCCUGGUGAAUCCCACCUCAAGGAGAUGGUGAACUCUCAUAGCAUUCACAACGGAGACAACCCAACAAGGAGCUGUUUAAACGGAUUUCAGUCUCUCAGUCGAGGGACACCAACCCACGCUGCCACCAGCGGCAAGGCAGCUGAUGCGAGAGCUACAGAGGAGCAGAAGAUGGUGAAGUUAAAACCCCAGGCCCUGAUGAACAUCUCCGAACCCACCAGCACCAUGUCACCCCCGCCUGCCAAGAGGCUGGCACUCUCAGCUAAGAAGGCGGGCAGCUCCCUCCAGACACAGAGCAGCAGUGAGCCUCUGUUCCCUCCACGCCAUCCUUCCAGCUACCCCCCUCAUCCAGUGAAACACCAACAACUCACGUCUUCAUCGCCAGCACACAAAAACAGGGUUCUCUCAUCCCAUCCUCCCAAAUUGCUGACUCCAUCUAAAUUAGGAUUAGGCUCCGCAUGUAGUAAUAGUAGAAACCCGAAGAAAAUGUCUGAAUCUGAUUCACUGAACUCACAGCGGACCUCUUGCUUCCACCUCAAUGGAUUUGCUGCCACAGCUAUGGUGCUCCUCUGCCCGCCUGGCCCUGACUCCAAGGCACCAGUCGAACCUGGGAUCGGUUCUGAAAGACUUCCUGCUGGUACCGUGGAGCCUGAGUCCAGCCUUAACCACAAAAGAAAAAAGAAGAAACAUAAACGCAAAUCAGAGGGAGUGGGAGAGGAGUGCCCACCGCCAGAGCCUGAGGUAUCUGCAGAGGCCGGCUGCGAGGAAGCGACUGAGGUCCCUCACAAAGACAAGAAGAAAAAUAAGAAAAAGAGGAAGUGGAGGGACGAGGAGUCGGGGGAAACGGACCCUCCCAGGAGAAGCGUGCACACUCGCCUGGAGGAGAAGGCAGAGGACUGGAGUCUCACUGGGGCCUGGAGCAUCACCGCGUCUACCCAGCACUGUGAGAAAGGUGAGCCCGAACACACGGCCAGACAGGGCGACGCUUCAGGAGAAUCUGCCUCGCACAGUCCUGGAGGAGAAGAGGAAACGGCAGUGCGAGUCAAAAAGAAGAAAAAGAAGCAAAGGGAGAAACGCAGAGAGACACCUGUAGAAGAAGCGGUUCCAGAGCCUGUGUUGGAAAGCUCAACACUGGAGGAACAACAACCAGCAAUGAACACGGUUGAACUGACAGAAUCAAAAAAGAAGAAAAAACACAAAAAAGAAAGGGAGGACAAAAACAAGGAGAGGAGGAAGAGGAGUGUGAGUGACGAGGAAGAUGCUGAUUUCAAUCCCAUUCCAGCGAAGCACACCAUUAACGGGGAAAGAGACAGAGAAGCCAAACGAGCUGCAGUGUUCGUUUGGGACAGCCAGGUUCAGGAUGGUUAUAAACGUACAGUGAACGCUCCCAUGUCGGAGAACUCUUGCCCGGCUCCAAAGCCUUCCAGUCUUGCCUGGGAUGGCACAAAAGGGUCCAGUGUGGUGGAUGAGCUGCUUAAACACUCCAUGGAUAAGGCAUAUGGAACAGAAGUCCUGACUUGGGAGGGGGCUGUCUCUGCUGUCAGCCGGGAUGCUAUUGAGGAUGCCAGAUUUGCCAAAAACGACACUGUGAUUGAUGAAUGGGACGAGGAUUUUGACACAGGAAAGGUUAAGAAAGUUAAAUUUAAAAAGGAGAAAAAGAGAAACUUCAACGUCUUCCAGAAAAUGCAGACCCAUCGUAAUUUCUGGUCGGCCACCCAUCCAGGGAAGUUCUCCAGCCUGGGCUACCGAUACUGAGCUGGGAGGUUCGGGUAAAACAUUUACAUUUUAGGAGUAUGGAAUAAUGAAGGGAUCAUACAGGGAUUCGGCAACAGGCAGCUGUAGAAGAGUUUGAGUCUCCUCCGUGCGAUGCAGUAAUGUGAAAAUUAAACAUCGUCGUCAUUAUCCUGCUCCUUGUCUAAUGCUGUCUGGAGGCCUGAAGCUUCACUGAACCAAAGGAAGGCUGGAAGCCAUAAGAGGACCGUACUGAACUGUAACUCGCUGAGUGGCCUCUGGCAUGACUGUGAAACAGUGUGUACAGACUGCUAGGUGCAGGGCUAUUUUUGACUCUGGCUCUGUUUAGUAGGAUGUAUACCAAGUACAAAACCACUUCUUUAUUAUUCUAUCUUUAUAUUGAAGAAUAUAUGGACACAGUAGUGGUUCAGUGGUAAAGCCGUAAUGUUUUAGUGGCUUGCAUUAAAUAACUAUAAUUAUAAAUGUAAAUACUUGGUUUUCGUAGUCCAAUUUGUACUUAAUAUGUAUACAACUUUAUAGAGGAUGUGGGUGUUGUCAGUUUAGUUGCCCAUUUAAAAAACGAACACAGUAUUAGUGAAUACUGAAAAUCUAGUAUAGUCGUUGGUAUUGAGAGGGGUAGUCCCCUCAAUAUCAAUCUCACUCCGUCUCUCCUUCUCUCUACCUGCUAUUGUAGAAAGAGAUAAAGCAGCAUUGUGUUUUUCGAAGGACUAACGUUUAGACAGAGGUGCAAUACAACAUAAUGUUCAGAAGGCACAAUAAAGGUGUUCUGAGGAGACGAGCAGUGGGGGAGCUUAUUAUCCCUCCAGUAAAUGAAUUAAUCAAAACAGUGUGUUUUAAAAGGACAACAAUGCCUUCUACACAAGUAACAAGUACACUGUGUUUCUUCAAACUCAAGGGGGGUUCACCUACUUGAAUAUAUUGCUGGCAGGAAUACACACACAGUUUAUAAACGCAAAAAUAGUUCCUGAAAGAGAAAAAAAAAAAAGAAGGGGAUUCAGCAUGCAUAAACCCAAAUGUAGAAUAGCUGCAGGUCUGUUUGUAUCAAAUAGAAUGGGUUGCUCUGGAGACUGCUGAAAUGUGACUGUAAUUUAUUUUGAUACACGCACCAGGGUUACCUAAUAUUCCGUAGGCUGGCUGGCAGUAGAAGUGGCAUACAUUUCCCAGAGUUCCACCUGUUUUAAAAGCUGUGGCUAUCCACUAUCUACCCUUUUCAGUGGUAUUCAGUAAUAACAGAAAUAAACCCCUGAAACCGGUUUCAUUUUAAUAACCAGAUUUCUGUUUACCAGUAACAUUAAUAUGAGAUUUCAAUAUCAAAUAUGAGAUAUGUGGUGUUUUUUAAAGUUGUGAAUAGACCGGAGUAGAUAGAUAAAAUAUGCAUAUCUGAUGGCCGUGGUCUGAAAUACAAACGUAGUACAGUACAAUCCAGUUCGAGACUUGAGUGCAAUAUGCAGUGGGCACUGCCGAGUGUAUCAGUGUGACUCCCUUUCCCCUUCCCCUACUGCCACUAGAGUGGUCCUGGGUUGCAGAGCUGAGGCUAAGCACACAGCUGGCCAUAAUGUCACACAGCGUGUGAAUCCUCUUUUAUAGCUCUACAUACAGUGUGUUUUUAAAAUGGCGUGAUUUUUGUGACCGCAUUGUGCUUUUCCUUUUUUAUUGUGGUAUCUCGCCAAGAUCUACCUCCGCUGCUUCUGGUUUUUGCAGUUCAAGCCUCUUGAUUUAUUUAGUGAAUUGCUCUUUGGGCUUUGGGCAUGGCCAGGUUGAAGGUGUCAAGGGCAGCUUCAUUUUUUUCACAUUUUGCUCCUUUUCCCUCUCUCUUUGAGAACUCUGCUGCUGUAUAAACAUAUCGAUUUCGAUUUUUGUCUAAUUUAAAAAAAGCAAAGCAAAAAACAGUUAAAUUAAAAGGAAGUAGCCUUUGCAGUACUUAACUCUUUGCUCCUUUCAAACUGCCCACACCCAGAACAUACCUGUGAUUUGUAUUCUGCUGUACAAAGUGCUGUAUGUGCUCUGCAGUUUGACAUCCCAGCAGUUAUCUUCAUGGUGCAGUUUGGCCCUAUUCAUCCACUGCUGGUAUAUAGUGAGAUCCUGUUUUAAGGAAGUGUGUGUGUGUGUGUAUAUAUAAAAUGUGUGUGUCUCCACCUCUACUUUCUAUGCAAAUUCAGUGUCUGACCAUCAAACAGGUUACCCCUAAAGCAGCGGGCACCUCAGGAAAACGCUUCAUUGUUGAUUUUACUCUUUUCGUCUCUUCAUAUGCUUCCAGAAAUUCUGUUUUGUACCUGUAAAGAAAAAAGGAUGAGUGGGGUCAUAUACUGUGUCCUUUAGAUCUCUUACUCUUCCCUAUAUGUAAACAUACAAAUAAAUAAAUAUAUAUAUAUAAUACUGUCUGAUGUUUCAGAUUUAUAUUUUAAGAAAGAUUGAGGUACUACGUAAACAAUGGUAUCAAAAUGCUUUGGUAGUAUUGGAUAUGUACAGUACACUUUGUGCUUCCAGUGUAA